AUGGAUCCGACGCCUUCCGUUGCUGCCCCCGCCCUCUUCAACCUCACAGGCAAAAACGUGCUCAUCACGGGCGCGACACGAGGUAUCGGCGCCGCCUGUGCAAAGGCGCUUGCCGAAGCAGGAGCGGCGCUCUGCCUAGUUCUCCGUGAGCCUUCGUCCGGGGCCAAUCUUAACCUCGAGACUGUAAUCGCUCUGCGCGAGCGAGGGGCCAAAGUCGAAUAUGUCCUCUGUGAUCUGGGUGAUCUUGCUGCUGUCAAAGGUCUCUUUCAGAAGGCUCUCACUGCUAUGGGUGGUACCAUAGAUGUGCUCGUUAACUGCGCGGGUAUACAACGCCGCUCUCCCAGUGUCUCCUUUUCAGAGAAAGACUGGGACGAUGUCCUAGAUGUUAACUUGAAGUCCGUUUGGCUACUUUCCCAAGCAGCAGGACAACACAUGGUGCCUCGGCGUUCGGGAAAGAUUAUCAACUUCUGUUCGCUUCUCACUUUCCAAGGCGGUUUGACGGUCCCAGCCUACGCAGCCGCGAAAGGUGGCCUCGGUCAGGUCACGAAGGCGUUGAGCAACGAAUGGAGUCAGCACAACGUCCAGGUCAACGGCAUCUGCCCAGGCUACGUCGCCACGGACAUGAAUGAGAAGCUCCUUGCGGAUCCCGUCCGUAUGCGGCAGAUCUCCGAACGGAUACCAGCGGGACGCUGGGGGACACCCGAUGAUUUUGCUGGACCGGUUGUGUUCCUGGCCAGCAAUGCCAGCCAGUAUGUUUGCGGUGAGCUGCUGGUCGUCGACGGGGGCUGGAUGGGGCGGUGA